AAACAACUUUCCUUCCCCCAAAAUAAAACCAAAGCCCAAACCCAGAUUGCUUCUACAAGCAAAUAUAAAAUAUAGAUAAAAUCAGACCUGACUUUAAAAAAAGCAGCAGCUCCUUGUUCUGAAGAUGGGGUUUUGACUAAUCAGAGAUGCUCAUCGCUUGUCUGUUUCCUACAUGAUUGGCUAAAAGGGUAAGAAUUACACCCCAAAACCACUUUUCUCCUCCUCCCCCACUCCUCCCCCCUUACAUGCUAGCAUGUUUUUAAAGAAGACCACGAGGGGAAGGGAAGAGGGGAGCUCAGAGCCUUCAUCAGCCUCAAGAUGAGGACAGCUGGGCCAGAAAUGGAUCUCAUUCAGCUUUCGUCUGUGACUACAGUCACUUUCAACUAUGAUGACUACUACUACGAGGACAGCUGCCAGUAUGAGCAGCUACAACAUAUGACUGCUUUCCUCCCUAUCCUGUACGCUGCCGUGUUCUUGGUGGGCAUUCUUGGCAACUCCAUUCUGAUCAUAGCCUUAGUCUUCAAACGACGGGUCCAGAGGCUGAUUGACAUCUUCAUCAUCAACCUCGCUGCUUCAGACUUCAUCUUCCUCAUCACGCUGCCAUUCUGGGUGGACAAGGAGGCAUCAGAUGGCAUAUGGAGGGUAGGAUCUUUCCUCUGUAAAGCUAGUUCUUACAUCAUCUCAGUCAACAUGUACUGCAGCAUCCUCCUCCUCACUUGUAUGAGUGCAGACCGGUACCUUGCCAUCAUGUACCCCUCCAUUGCUAGAAGGGUCCGAACCAGAUCCUAUUCCAGUGGUCUUUGCUUGUGCGUCUGGUUGUUAUCCUGCUGCUUAGGAAUGCCAACCCUUUUGUCCAGAGAACUGAAUGAGCGCUACGGCAAGAUGUACUGCACAGACAAAGACGUGACAAAAUCCAAACAGAUCACAUCACUGAUGAUUUUAAUCCUGGCCUUCUUCUUCCCCCUCUUGAGCAUUCUGACCUUCUACUGCUCCAUCACAAAGAGACUCUGUGUCCAUUACCAGAGAUCUGGGAAACAUGAUAAGAAACUGAGAAAAUCUAUCAAGAUCGUCUUCAUUGUGGUGGCUGCUUUUGUCAUCUCUUGGGUGCCCUUCAACCUCUUCAAGCUUAUGGCCAUCCUGUUGGGUCUGCAGAAGCUGCCUGACUGUUUCCUUGACAUGGUUGCCCAGGUGGGCAUGACAGUGAGCAGCCCCUUUGCCUUUGCCAACAGCUGUGCCAACCCUUUCAUUUACUACUGCUUUGACAAUUACAUCCGCAGAGCCAUGCUCAGGUGCCUGUGUCCAUGGGUGAAAGCCAGCAGCGGCAGCACCGUCUCCGACACGUUGGACACUCGCCUGAGCCACUCCUUAUCCAAUUUCAUCGCAGGGGAGUACACUGCGAGGAAGAGGAAGCGCUCGGUGUCCCUCUAACUGGGAGCCAGGACCACGGAGAAAGGGACCUCUCUUUCCAAAGGUGGCAGGGAAAGAAUAGAACAAGAAAAGGGGCAAAAAAAUAAGCGGCAGAGGCAGGGCUGCAACUGUAGUGCAGCCAGCACUUCAGGCUGGUGGUACAGCACUUCCCUUUAAACACAGGUAUAUUGAAUAGGAAAUUUUAACCACAGAGCUACAGUUCACAGAGAUCACUGUGUCACUGCGCAGCAUAAGUGUGAAACUGCUGUGAUGAGAGACAUCCACCUAGGCUGGUGCUGGAACUACAAGCUGAGAGCAAAGUCAAGCCAUCAGCCAAAGCCGCCCCAAAGCAAUCUUUGAAUUUAAACGCAUAGGUUUUCAUUCUGCUCAGAGCAAGACAAAGCAACAGAAGUACUUUUUCUCUCUGGUUCCUAGCUUACUUACAAAAAUACUGCAACGUCCUAUAAAAUAAACCUGAUGAAUUCUCCUUAUUUUGGAGGUUUUCUGUAUUUAGAAAUGCAAUGUUUUAAUGAAUUUGUGUUACCUGCUCUUGUAACUUGAGUCUUGUGCAUUUUUUCUUGAAGUUUCAGCUUCUCGAUUAAGAGAUUAAAUACGUUUUAAUCAAAGGAAUUAAAGUCAGUUACUAGCCCCUGUGGUUUCCAAAAGAAAGAAAAAAAAAGACAGCUUGAAGGCAGAGAAACCAGAAGAUGAGCAAAAGAAACUGCAUUUAAACCUUUUCGUAACAGCAAACAACCAAAAAAAAAAAAAAAGAAAA